CUCUUCUGGAUAUCAGAAACAAUGUAUACGGUUAUAUGUUGCGAGUGUAUCAAAUAUUUAAUAUUCUAUACUACUAGUCUAAAAGCUCUUAUACUCGUAUGUAUUAUAUUCUACAACCAACAGUUAGCAACUGUACAUGACUCUGACCACAAACAAAAUAUGGGAAGUUAAAUAUGCAUUAAUAAAGUUCAACAAAAUUAUAUGUACAUGCACCUGAAAACAUAAUUCACCAUAGCAAUAUGCUACUGGAAUACAUAACAUCCUAUCAACUCAAACUGUUUAACGCUUAUUUACCUUGUUUGGCCUAAAGUUUUUCUUUCAGAGCAUUGCAAAGUUCACAACGGCUUUUCAUGAAAGACACCAUAUUAUGCCUUUGUCAACACCUUUCGCUUGUGGGGCAGGGUGGGGCUACAUGUUGCUGCAUCUGAUACUCCCCAGGGUCCAAAGGUAUCAACUCCUACGUAGGUGAAAGGUGGCGAUGGUUUACAUCGAAAAUCGGGAUUUCAGUACAGCCUUGUGAUACAGUUACGCAGUCUGUGUGGGGGCGUGUCUGCCUUCCUGUCCUACCAAGUGUUCCUAGAGUUAGGAGUGACAUCACACUUCCUGUCAUGGCUGCCCUUUGCAGUGGGAGUGUAUGCGGUGUAUGGGACACUGCUCAGCUAUAAAAAAACUCAAGUUUGUUUCUACAGUAUUCUUUGUAGUGGCCGUGGUGCUCUCAUUGGUGUGGGCAAUCAAAUUGCCAUGGAAACUUUCUUAUACGUUUAUGUUUGGGAUAUCUCUGAAGGCCAUUUUCUGCCUGAUGAUAGUUAAUUAUGUACUGUGUCUGACGGCAGCCCACCUAUCUACACAUGGAUCUCAAGCAAGCUUCAGUUUCCUAGUUGUUCUGCAGACUAUAGUUUUUAUCAAGUGUGAGGUGAUCCUGUUUGACUCGGGUCUGUACAGCUGGCCCCUGUUCAUGGUCACUGGCAUUGCUGCGUCGUACGCUCUCCAGAGAUUACAGAUCGCUCGAAGGCUGCCUGUCAACUUGUCCUGUGCUUGCAUGUCUGCCCACAUCACAAAAUCGGCACUGGUUGCCAUGGUGAUCUUCACCAAAGAGGCACGAGACUUACCCUAUACCAGCAUUCUCACCAUGUUCUUCUUUAUCUUCAUGAUGAUCAAGAUGCUUCUCCUGGAAGUUCCAGUAGAUAUUUCCAAGAAACAGUUGGCUGUCAAUGUGAUCCUGAUGUGUAUCUCGGUGUUACUGAACGUUAACCCCGCCCUGUUUAUUCUGGGCUCCUACCUGUUCAAAGUCCAGGCGAGUGCUGCCGAUGCGAUGGGAAUGUGUUUCAUCAUCUGUGGUAUGCUGAUUAUAGCAACAUGUGUCCUUCACCUGCCAUCUGAGGUCAAGGUCAAACAACUAGGAAUUCUAGGGGUGGUUACAGGAGUAAUAGUUAUCUUGUUUCAACCAGAUGUAUCACUGACAAUGACUGGCCUGUUUCAGUUAUGUGAGGUGAUCAGCAUCAUGUGUAUGAUUAUCAUUAUGUAUGCAGACACUAUCAAGACCUUCCCCCACAUUGUGGUGGCCUCUGUGUUGGUGGGAAUCACGCCUGGGCUCAGGGCCGCUCUCUUUUUGUAUCCUGAGGACCAGGCACCAAUUGUUAACCUCAUCUUGUUUGGACUGGUCUCCAUGUGUCUUGUGUGCGCUCUCUUUGCUUUCUCUAAAUCUGAACAUCUUUGUUGCAAGUUUGAGAAAAAUAUUCUUACAGUGUGCAUGCUGGUGGUUGUCCUCAGUGUGCUAUCAUUGAUUGUUGACUUGGUUACCAAGGAACGCAAGCAAACCAUUUUGACCUUACCAUCUUGGAAAUUAUUCCUUGCAGCCAAUCUCAUCAUAAGCAUAUGCACCAAAAUAGUUGUCUCUAGGAAUGCUGAAUACAUCCCACUGCAUGAGAAGGAUGACAAGGAGAUCCCGUAUCUGCCAUUGGUAGGCAAUCUCACCACCAUCACCGCCUUCUUGUUCCUGUGCUUGCUGGGGCCCGCCACAGGGCUGCUUUAUGAUAUAUGGUGUUGUGGAUCCAGUGUAAUUUUAAUGUGCUUACAAAAGGACAUGAAGUUAUUUUACAACCUCAAGGACGCCAACCACACAGCCCCUACCAAACUGACCUCCAUAGCAGUGUUAGUUCUCUCGUCAAUAUGUCACAGUGACCUCUGGCAUUCAAGUUCAUGGACAUUCGUCAGGUCGUGUUUAGAGAUGUUUCUAGUACUCGGCAGCACCCCUAUUUAUUAUGUGUUGUGGGGCAUCUUAUGGAAGUCCGUGGUGUUGCUGCCCGAGCCAGUGGUUGUGUUUUUAUUGCCGCUAAAUGUUGCCAUGUUGCUGUACGGCAGCAGUUGGACUUGCUGGGCAUUAGCCUUUGUAGGUGGUAGCUCUUCAUUGUGGAUGAUGUCAACUCACUUUAAAUUGCAACCUUAUUCCGAGAAAAGAUAACAUAUGAUAAAAUUAGAGACUUCAUGACUGUAGAUUGUAGUGUUUUUUUAAAUAUUGUAUAUGAUACGAAAUAUUUGUAUUUUAUAGUCUGUAUGCUGACAACAUUGUCAAUAAAACGUUUCUUUCUUACUGGA